ACAUUUGGACGUAGUUUCUGAAAAACGUUCCAACCCACAAUUCGAUCAAAAUUGAGUUAUGAGUACUAUAAGCGUCACAUUAUUGCUUUAUACUAACUGUCAAAAUUUUUUAGCUCUACUGUCAUUUUAAUAAUAAAAUCCUGAUCUAGUAGCCCAACCCACAUGUAUGGAGAACACAAAUAAGUAUUAAACUAAAAGAGCCCAAGCUGUGUGGAACAACACAAAUAAAAAACAGAGUCAUAAAGGAUUUUCUAAAAAGUGAUCCAAGCUAUAUGAAACGUUUUUGAUAUUUUAAAAUUGCCUGAGCUUAUUAAAAUAGUUGUUUAACUAAAACGUUCCAAGCUACAUGAAACGUUUUUGUUAAAAUCAAUAUGUUCACUCUCCGUAGAAUAGACAUUUCAUUAUAAUAAUCCAAACCAUUUGAAACGUUUUUGAUUUAAGUAAAUGUUAGCCAUCUCGGCAAAAUAUAAUAAUCUUUAAUAAGUUCCAAGUCAUAAGAAACGUUUUUGAUUUAAUAAUAUACUUGACGUCGGCCAAAUAAGUAAUUCAUUAAAAAGUUCCAUUGUAAGUCAACAUAACAACAGUGACAAAAGAAAGUUUGUAUUUUAAUAUUAAUCACUUUAUAAUAAAGUUUAAUAUUUCCUAUUGCACUCACAUUUACGUUCAAAAUUAUUUAUUAAAUUAUUUUGAAUAGUGCUUCUAUUAAUACUUGCCCACGAGUGCAAGCGAGACAGACUAUUUCUCUAAUGUCAUUGUGAAUCUUGACUCAUCAGUCAGUACGUAGGACGCAAGCGUCGUGGUAGGAGUGUGUACUCGUAUUGCCAGUGUCGUGUUUUGUUUCGAAUUAUCGUUGUUUCGUUAAUUACUAAGUGAUCUGUGUAAAUUCAUUCUAUUUCGUGUCCUGUGAUCUUUUUAUUAUAAUAAUAUUGACAAUGGAAUCUGAGGAAAACACUCUGAAAUUGGAAAAGUUAUUGGAUAAAAGACGUAAAUUAAUUGAUCUCCGCAAAAAACUAACCUCCCAAGGACAAAUUGAAGUUGAAACCACUGGUUUGAUGGAUACUUUGAAGGAAAACAUUCCUGACCGGAUGAAACAGGAUGAAAAAAAUACUAAUGAAGACGUGAAGACUAUACCGGCCCUACAAUUAAUAGUCCAACCUUCAAACAGUACUUCAAUAAUAUAUCAAGAUCCCAAUGUCUCAGAUACAGAUAAUAUAGCGAGUGUAGAAAGUUAUAUUUCCUUGGAUCCUCCUUCUUAUUCGCCAAUCACUCCUCGAAAUACUAACAAUGACAAUAUAUUGAAAAUACAUAGUGAUUGGUUUACUGAGGCAUCACCAAGUCCAGAUUUACAGAAUAAACCUGAAGAGAUUGUACAAGAUUCUUCUAAAAAUGGGUUUCAAAGAAUUGAAGAUUCUCCAGUAAGAGCAAUGUCACCAGCUACACUAGGUCUAUUAAACACACUUUUGAGUGGCAGUGAUGAUGAUGAUGAUAGUGUCAAAGAUCCAAAUUACAUAGUUUCCGAGAGUUCAGACAUUUCAGAUACGGAGAGCGAAUCAAUUUUAUUACCUAGAAGUAUUACACAGGAACAGAACAUGGAGGAAGAAUGUAGUAAUAAUUUAAACAAAGAUCUAGGAGAAGAAACAAGGCAUAGCACGUGUGAAGAAGAACCUUUUGCAGUAAAUAAUGUCAGUAGUGAAGAAGAAACUACAGAAAAAAGACAAAGUCGGCCAAAAAGGGGGCGAAAACGAAAAUUCAAUGACUAUACGCUAGCUCAAAGAAAAUCUCGCAAAUAUGCUAAUUUGCCGUACAGAGGAAAAAAUAAAGAAGUAAAUGCAAGAACGUUUAAAAAUUACACUUGCGUUUGCAAAAAACAGUGUCAUUUGAACGUGACAGAAGAAGACAGAAAAAAAGAAUUUAAUAAAUUUAUCACACUUGGGUCGUACGAAGCUCAGUUACUGUACAUUUGUUCAAACGUUACGGAAACACGUAAAAAACGGUCCUAUAUAUCUGAAAAUACUUCAUCCCAGGUUAAAAAGCCACGAAACUUCUCCAGAACUUAUAAAAUUUCAAAUAUUGCUGUAUGCCGUGACAUGUUCUUAAACACAUUUCAAGUUACCACGCAAAAGAUCACAAUUAGUUUAAAAAAACAACGCGAUGGUAAUUUAUUACGUGAUUGUAGAGGACUUUCAUCUGGUGGCUGGAAUAAAACUCCGGAAGAAAAAAUAGAUUUUGUGUGUCAUGUUAUAAAUAAAUUACCAAAAUAUAAAUCCCACUACAGAAGAACACAAAAUGGGGCUGCGUUAUAUUUACAACCAGGACUUACAAUUCAAAAAAUUUAUGAUUUAUACGUUGACGAAUUUAAACUUAUUCAUGGCAAUGACAGCAAAGAUCAUGUAUCAUUAGCCAUUUUCAGGAAAAUUUUCCUAAAAAACUUUAACUUAAGAUUUAAAAGUCUUAAGAAAGACACGUGUAAUAGAUGUGACACAUUUGCAGCAAAACUAAAGGCCCCGAAUGAUUUGUCAAUAGAAAACAGAAACCAAUUGAUUGCGGAAAAAGAGAAGCAUUUAAAAUUAGCCGAGACCUUACGAAGCCAAAUGAACAGCCAGAUUGAAAGAGCAAAAGUAGAUGAAACAUUUGAGUGUUUAACAUUUGACAUGGAGAAGACGUUGCCUUUACCACGUAUUCCAACAAAUAUAGUAUUUUACAAGAGGCAACUCUGGUUUUAUAACUGCGGUGUUCAUGUGUCUUCUACAAAUCAAGGAUAUUGUUUUGUUUGGGUCGAGGGUCAAGCUGGCAGGGGAGCUCAAGAAGUUGGGUCCUGUUUGAAAAAAUUUAUAAAUGAAGUAAUGCGUCCUAAUGUUGAAUAUCUAUCAUUGUGGAGCGACAGUUGCGGGGGCCAAAAUCGAAACAUAAAAAUGGUGCUCUUACUUAAAGUUAUAUUAGCUAGCCAUCCUACCUUAAAAGUGAUUGAUUUAAAUUUCCUAGAGAGUGGGCAUACUUUUUUGCCAAAUGACACAGACUUUGGUAAAAUCGAAAGUCAUUUAAAAAAUUUUCAAAGAUUAUACACUGCAGAAGAUUACGUAAAUGUGAUAAAGACUUGCACAAAAAAGACCCCUCUAGUCCCUGUGAAGAUGGAAAAAGAAGACUUUGUUAGUACUGAAAAAUUAGAAAAAAAUAUUACAAAUCGAAAGCUGUUCGUUAAUAAACUUAAAGUUAAUUGGCUAAGGACCAAACAUAUUCAAUUAAGAAAGGAUAAUGUACACUCUAUCUUCAUGAGGUCAGAUGAUAUUGAGGAAUAUCAAGAGUUGUACAUAGGGCGAAAAUUUAAAGGAAGCAUGCUGCCUUUAAGCUCAGAACUCCUAAUACCACUCUGGCCAGACGGAAAACCUAUUACCCAAGCUAAAUUAAAUGACAUAAAGUCAAUGUUCAAUCUAAUUCCUGAGGAUUGUCUGUCUUUUUAUAAAAACCUGCAGGGCAUGGAAGGACCCGAUUAUGUUGAAGGAUUUUCUGGUGGACAAGACUUUAAUUUUGAAGACGAUGAAGAAGAACUAGUUUAGUCUAGUUAUUUUUACCAAUAAAUAAAAUUUUAUUUCUAUUUUAAUCUGGUUUUAUUCUUAUUAUCUUGUCAUACAUAUCGUUUGGAACGUUUUUUAUAAAUACAAUUUUGAAAUGUAACAUGAAAAUUGCAAUAAAUCAAAAACGUUCCACAGCAAUAUUUUUGUGAAUAUUUAAAAAAAUAUAAACAUUGGAAGUCUAAAAUAGGGUCAAAUUAAAACUUGAUUAUGUCAUUCAUAGCACACAAAAGUUUAUUUAGUAAAAAAAUAAUGAUGUCAUAAAGAAAU